AUCCCAGCCCCAGUCCCUACAGCUCCUCCAUCUGCACAGCGGAGCUGGACGGACCAGCCAGAAUGUGGAGAGCACUGCUACUUCAACUCUUCCUCGUCUUCUUAUACUGUGUUAGAUGGUGCCACUCUGACGGAUGUGAGUUGGGGCAGUUCCGCUGUGGGACAGGACGAUGUAUACCAGGUGACUGGCACUGUGACGGCACAUCAGAUUGCGUGGAUGACUCUGAUGAACACGACUGCCCUCAGGUAACAUGUGAUGACAGUCACUUCCAGUGUUUAAGUGACGGCGAGUGUAUCCCUGAUGUGUGGGUGUGUGAUGAUGAGGAGGACUGUGAGGAUGGCUCAGAUGAGAGGCAACACUGCCCUGGAAGGACGUGCACCAGUGGCCAGUUCAGCUGUAGUAACGGGGCAUGUAUCCCAGGAGAAUACCGAUGUGACCGUCUGGCCGACUGCUCAGAUGGGUCUGAUGAGAGAGACUGCCAUUACCCAGAGUGCACACAGCUGAGGUGUGCUAAUGGGGCCUGCUACAACCGCACCCAGAGAUGUGACCAGAUACUUGACUGCCGUGAUGGCUCUGAUGAGGCCAACUGCACACAGCACUGCAACACGGGCCUGUUCCCGUGUCAUAAUGGGGUGUGUGUUCCUCAACGCUACGUGUGUGACCAUGAUGAUGACUGUGGAGACCGAAGUGAUGAGCUAAACUGCACAUAUCCUACAUGUAAAGGGAACUACUUCACCUGCCCCAGUGGCCGCUGCAUCCACCAAGUCUGGGUCUGUGAUGGAGAGGAUGACUGUGAGGACAAUGCAGACGAAAAAGGCUGUGAUAAUGUAGCGCGGGAGUGUUACCCAGGAGAAUGGCCGUGUCCUUCCUCUGGCCUGUGUAUCCCCAUGGAUCAGCUGUGUGAUGGGACGGCUCACUGUCCGGAGGGAGAGGAUGAAACUAACACUACUGCUGGGCGCAACUGCAGUAUUUGGAGAUGUGCCUCUCUGAGCUGUGAGCAUCGUUGUCAUGCUUCCCCUGAUGGUGGGACCUGUUCUUGCCCUUCUGGAUACAUUGUCAGCAGCAACAAUAGUCGCUCAUGUAUAGACUUUGAUGACUGUUCGAUGUGGGGCGUGUGUGACCAGCUGUGUGAGGACCGCAUAGGCUCCCAUCGCUGCAGCUGUCGAGAGGGCUACGUUCUGGAGCAGCACAGAUACUGCAGAGCUGACGCCUCAACUGGAGUCCCUUCCUUGCUAUUUUCUAAUGGCAGAGACCUGCUAAUAGGUGACAUCCAAGGCAACAGUCUGCGCACUUUGGUUUAUUCACAGAACAGAGGGGUUGCAGUGGGAGUGGACUUCCAUUAUAAUCUCCGUAGGAUCUUCUGGACUGAUACCAUUCAGAAUAAGGUGUUUUCUGUGGAUAUGGACGGUUCCAAUAUGCAGGUGGUUUUAAAUGUAUCAGUUGACUACCCUGAGAACUUGGCGGUGGAUUGGGUGAACAAUAAACUGUAUGUGGUGGAGGCCAGCGUCAACAGGAUUGACAUGGUGGACUUUGAUGGAAGUAACCGGGUCACACUCAUCACUGAAAACCUCGGAAACCCUAGAGGGCUGGCGGUGGACCCCACUGUCGGGUAUAUGUUCUUCUCAGAUUGGGAGGCGGUGAAUGGACAACCAGGCCUGGAGCGAGCCUUCAUGGAUGGCACUAACCGUUACGGGAUCAUUGGGAGUAAACUUGGCUGGCCAGCUGGUAUCACACUGGACAUCGAAGCCAAGCGCAUCUACUGGGUUGACAGUCGCUAUGACUACAUUGAAACUGCAACAUAUGAUGGCCUUCAUAGAAAAACAGUGGCUCAUGGAGGUACUGUUAUCCCACACCCAUUUGGCAUCAGCCUGUUUGAGCACAAUGUCUAUUUCACUGACUGGACCAGGAUGGCUGUGAUGAAAGCCAACAAGUUCAGUGAAAGCAGUCCUCAAGUUGUUUACAGUACAUCUCAGACUCCACAUGGAGUAGCAGUGAUACAUCAGCUGAAACAGCCAUAUGUGCCUAACCCUUGUAGUGCAAACAGAGGUGGAUGUGAGCAGAUCUGUGUUUUGAGUCACAAGAGUGACAAUGGAGGAUUGGGUUACCGCUGCAAAUGUAGCAUGGGCUACGACCUACAUGCUGAUGGCAAGCGAUGUUUUGCUGUGAGGCAGUUUCUGCUGUUUUCCAGCCAGCUGGCUGUGAGAGGAAUCCCCUUUAACCUCUCCUCUCAGGAGGACAUCAUCCUGCCCGUCACUGGAUCACCUUCCUACUUUGUUGGGGUGGAUUUUAGUGCUGAAGAUGAUGCCAUUUUCUUCUCAGACACAGCCAAAGAUAUUAUCUAUAAACAAAAAGUGGAUGGAACUGGCAGGGAGGUGCUGGCAGCCAAUAGAGUGGAUGGAGUGGAGGACCUGGCUUAUGACUGGAUUUCAAAAAACCUCUACUGGACCGACCCGCGAUACAGGAGCAUAUCUGUCAUGAAGCUGGCUGAUAAAUCCAGGAGAGCCAUCAUACGUAAUCUCAACAACCCAAGGGCCAUCGUGGUGCAUCCUCCCGUUGGGUAUAUUUUUUGGACUGACUGGUACAGGCCAGCGAAGAUUAUGAGGGCUUGGGGUGACGGGUCACAUGCCCUGUCUAUUGUAAAUACUACUCUUGGCUGGCCAAAUGGCCUAGCUAUUGACUGGAGCUCAAUGCGUCUGUAUUGGGUGGAUGCCUUCUUUGACAAAAUCGAGCACAGCAAUUUUGAUGGACAGAACAGGGUUACCUUGGACCGCAUCACCCAGAUCUCCCAUCCAUUUGGUCUUACCAUUUUUGAAGGCUAUGCAUAUUUCACUGACUGGCGCUUGGGUGGUAUUGUACGUGUGCGCAAGACUGACGGUGGGGAGAUGGUCAUUAUCAGAAGAGGAAUCAGUCACAUCAUGCAUGUCAAGUCUUUCAACUCCAACUCUCAGAUUGGUUCCAACCUCUGCAACAGGCCGACAAAUCCUAACGGAGACUGCAGCCACUUCUGCUUCCCAGCACCGGACUCACAGAGGGUGUGUGGUUGUCCAUAUGGCAUGAAGCUGUUGCCCAACCACCAGACAUGUGUGGAAGACCCUUCCAAUGAGCCCCCCACGCUGCAGUGCGGAGCCAACUCCUUCUCCUGUGGCAACGGCAAAUGUGUCCCAAACAGCUACAGAUGCGAUGGUGUUGACGACUGCCAUGACAACAGUGACGAAGUCAACUGUGGAAUUAACAACACCACUUGCUCCCCCUCUGCAUUCACUUGUGCCAAUAAGCACUGUGUGCCUGUCGGAUGGCGUUGUGAUGGGCACAAUGACUGUUUUGAUAACAGUGAUGAGAACAACUGUCCUACCCAGGUACCUGGGACGUGCCCUGCUAAUCAGUUUACUUGUGCCAACCACCGUUGCAUCCCAAACACCUGGCGUUGUGACACUGAUAACGACUGUGGGGACAGUUCAGAUGAAGCCGACUGCCACCUGGGGAGCACAUGUCACCCAGGGCAGUUUCAGUGUCCAGACCACCGCUGCAUAGACCCCAACUAUGUCUGUGAUGGGGACAGGGACUGUGUGGAUGGAGCGGACGAGCAGGGAUGCAUCUACAACUGCACUGUGAAUGAGUUCAAGUGCUCCAGUGGACACCAGUGUAUCAACUCCUACUACCGAUGUGAUGGAGUCUUUGAUUGCAGCGAUCGCUCCGAUGAGCAAAGCUGUCCUACUAGGCCCCCAGGUAUGUGCCACCAUGAGAGUGAAUUCCAGUGUCAGUCAGACGGCAGCUGUGUACCAUCUACCUGGGAGUGUGAUGGUCAUCCAGACUGUGAGGAUGGCAGUGAUGAACACCAUGCCUGCCCACCUCGCACUUGCCCCUCCACACUCUUCCGCUGUGACAAUGGAAACUGUGUAUUACGUAGCUGGCUUUGCGAUGGGGACAACGACUGCAGGGACAUGAGCGAUGAAAGAGACUGUCCCACGCCACCUUUCCGCUGUCCAAGCUGGCAGUGGCAAUGCCCUGGCCACAGUUUGUGCAUCAACCUCACCACUGUGUGUGACAACACUCCUGACUGCCCCAAUGGUGCCGACGAGUCUCCUCUCUGCAACGAGCCUUUGCCAGAUCAGGAGAGCUGUUCUGACAACAAUGCUGGCUGCACCCACGGUUGUAUCCAAGGGCCAUUUGGGGCCCAGUGCACAUGCCCUGUGGGUUAUCAACUGAGUAAUGACUCCAAAACCUGUGAGGAUGUAGAUGAGUGCAGUCCCCCUGGACUAUGUAGCCAGCACUGCUUUAAUGAGAGGGGCUCUUUCCGCUGCCACUGCCAAGACGGUUACACUCUCGAAGCAGACCAGCGUACCUGCAAGGCCUCAGAUUCUCGUCAGGCGUUCUUGCUAGUGGCCAGUCGAAAUCAGAUUGUGCAAGAUGACAUAACCACUCAGCCCAACGUGGUCCGCUCGCUGGUUCGAGAUGGACGGAACAUCGUGGCACUAGAUUUUGACUCGGCCACUGACCGUGUGUACUGGUCCGACACAAGCCAGGACAGAAUCUGGAGCGCCAAUAAAAAUGGCAGUGACAGAACUGUGAUAUUUGACAGUGGAGUGACUGUAACAGAGAGCCUUGCUGUGGACUGGGUGGGCAGGAACCUGUAUUGGACUGACUACGUCUUGGAGACGAUUGAAGUGUCCAAACUGGAUGGCACCCACCGCACUGUAUUAAUCAGUGAAAAUGUCACAAACCCCCGAGGCCUGGUGCUGGACCCAAGAGAGAGCGCUCACCUGAUGUUCUGGACUGACUGGGGGAGGAACCCGCGAAUUGAGAGAGCCAGCAUGGAUGGGAAACUGAGGACUGUUAUCAUAAGCAACAAGUUGUACUGGCCCAAUGGUCUAACCAUAGACUAUCCAAACAGUUUCUUGUACUUUGCCGAUGCCUACUUGGAUUUCAUUGACUUCUGCGAUUAUAAUGGCAACAACAGGAAGCAGGUCCUGGCCAGUGACCUGGUUCUGCAACAUCCCCACGCAAUUACCAUUUUUGAGGAUUUUGUGUAUUGGACCGACAGAUACAUCAACCGUGUGAUGCGAGCCCAUAAGUGGCAUGGGGAGAACCAGACAGUGAUGCUCUUCAACCUCCCUCAGCCCAUGGGUUUGGUGGCAGUACACUCAGCCAGGCAGCCGGCAGGUGAAAAUCACUGCUUAAGGAGUCCCUGUACUCAUAUCUGCCUGCUCUCUGCUGUGGGACCGAGGUACUACUCCUGUGCCUGCCCCUCAGGCUGGACACUGGCGGCCGACCAAAUCACCUGCACCAGAGUUGAGGAUCCUUUCCUGGUGGUGGUGAGAGACAGCAUCAUCUAUGGCAUUUCCUUGAACCCAGAUGACAAGAGUAAUGAUGCAAUGGUCCCUAUUGCUGGGCUUCAGAAUGGCUAUGAUGUUGACUUUGAUGACAACGAGCAGACCAUCUACUGGGUGGAGCACCCGGGUGAGAUCCACAGAGUGAAGUCAGAUGGAACUAAUAGGACAGAGUUUGCCCCUGCAGCCAUACUUGGCUCCCCUGUCGGCCUGGCCUUGGACUGGAUAACCCAGAACCUGUACUACACCAAUCCAGCCACACAGUCUAUUGAGGUUUUGAAGUUGAGAGGGGAGGUACAGUACAGGAAAACCCUAAUCACAAAUAACGGCUCUCCAACUGGCGCUGGCAGUCCUGUUGGCAUCGCAGUGGACCCAGCACGUGGCAAACUGUACUGGACAGACCAGGGAACAGAAAGCGGCAUUCCUGCCAAGGUGGCAUCUGCAGACAUGGAUGGCUUAAACCCUAUCACCUUGUUCACCAACAACCUGGAUCACAUUGAGUUCGUCACUGUGGACAUCCAAGAGAACAAGCUGUACUGGGCAGUUACAAGCACUGGCACGAUUGAGCGUGGUGAUCCAGAUGGGACUAACCGCAUCACCAUAGUGACAGGCCUAUCUCACCCCUGGGGUGUGGCAGUCUAUCAAAACCACCUCUACUUCACUGACCGCAACUUUGAGGUCAUAGAGCGUGUGGACAAGUCCACGGGUGCCAACAGGGUUGUGCUGCGAGACAACGUUUCUGGACUCAGAGUUCUGAAAGUGCAUUACAGAGAGACCUCUGCAGGUACAUCAAACGGCUGCGGCAACAAUAUGGGAGCGUGUGAGCAACUCUGCCUGCCUCGACCACAGGGUCUGUUUACCUGUGCAUGUGCCACAGGGUUUAAACUUAAUGCAGACAACAGGACAUGCGCUCCCUACCAGUCGUAUGUCGUCAUCUCCACUCUAUCUGCAAUCAAAGGCUUCAGUCUAGAAGGGGCAGACCACUCUGAGGCCAUGGUGCCUGUGGCUGGGAGAGGCCGUAAUGCUUUACACAUUGAUGUGCACAUGGCCUCGGGUUUCAUCUACUGGUGCGACUUCAGCAGCACUGUGGCGAAUCAAAAUGGGGUCAGACGGAUCAAGCCAGAUGGCUCCGGAUUACAUAGUGUGGUAACAUCUGGAAUCGGACGCAACGGGAUACGAGGCAUUGCUGUGGACUGGGCUGCAGGUAACCUGUAUUUCACCAAUGCCUUCCUAACUGAGACCUACGUGGAGGUGCUCCGUCUGAACACCACUUUCCGCAGGGUGCUGCUGAAGACCCAGGUGGACAUGCCACGCCACAUCGUGGUGGACCCCAGAAACAGAUACUUGUUCUGGGCUGAUUAUGGUCAGAACCCCAAAAUUGAGCGAGCACUCUUGGACGGAACCAACCGCACAGUUUUAGUGUCAUCGGGAAUUAUUACUCCACGAGGUCUCGCUCUGGACUGGCAAACUGGCUACAUCUACUGGGUGGAUGACUCCCUGGAUAUGAUUGCCCGGAUCAACCCUCAAGGAGGGGAGACAGAGAUCGUCAGGUACGGCAGCCGCUACCCGACUCCUUAUGGAAUCACAGUGUUUGAGAGUAGUAUCAUUUGGGUGGACAGAAACCUCAAGAAGGUUUUCCAAGCAAGCAAACAGCCUGGCAGCACUGAGCAGCCUGCUGUCAUCAGAGACAACAUCAACAUGCUGAGGGACGUUACCAUCUUCGACCAGCGCACUCAGCCUACCACCGCCCAGGAGCUUAACAGCAACCCCUGCAUGGAGGCUAAUGGAGGCUGUGCCCACUUCUGCUUCGCCCUCCCAGGUUCUGGCACAGGUAACCAAAACAAAAAAUGCAGCUGUGCUUUUGGGAAUCUUGCAGCAGACAGUGAGAGCUGUGUGGUGUCAAGGGAUGAUUACCUCAUCUACACGACUGAGAGCACCGUGCGCAGCCUGCGCCUCGACCCAGAGGACCACGCAUUGCCCUUCCCUGUGGUCAAUGUGCCACGUACCUCUGUGGCACUGGAUUUUGACUUCACAGACAGAAGGAUCUACUUCACACAGAGCUCAGGUCCAGGAUCAAGCAAGAUCAGCUACAUCAGCCUGUCCUCUCCCACCUCAGCUCCUGUAGUCGUGGCUUCAGAUCUAGGGGCUCCUGAUGGCAUCGCUUAUGACUGGAUAAACAGAAGAAUUUACUACAGUGACUACAUCAACCAGAGCAUCAGCUCCAUGUCUGUGGACGGCUCUCAGAGGACUAUCAUUGCCCAUGUUUCCAGGCCAAGGGCCAUCAUGUUGGAUCCCUGCAGGGGAUACAUGUAUUGGACAGACUGGGGAACCCAUGCAAAGAUUGAGCGUGCCACCCUGGGUGGAAACUUCAGAACAGAGAUUGUGAACAGCAGUCUUGUGUGGCCUAAUGGACUUACUCUGGACUAUGAAGAGGAAAGACUCUACUGGGCAGACGCCAGCUUACAGAAGAUUGAGCGAUCCUCUCUCACUGGGUCCAAUCGGGAGGUCAUUGUCAGCACAGCCAUCUACCCCUUUGCUAUGACCAUGUUUGGCCAGUUCAUCUAUUGGACUGACUGGAACACACGCAGCAUCUAUCGAGCCAACAAGCACGACGGUUCUGACCAGAGGGUCAUGAUUCAGAACCUCCCCUCUCGGCCGAUGGACAUCCAUGUUCUGGCCAGCAGGAAGCAGCAGCAGUGUGACAGUCCGUGCCAGCAGUUUAAUGGCGGCUGCAGCCACAUCUGCACGCCAGGACCCAACGGAGCUGAGUGUCAGUGUCCAUCAGAGGGCCGCUGGUACCUGGCUGACAACAAGCACUGUAUUCCUGAUAAUGGGACUCGCUGCCAGCCGGGCCAAUUCACCUGUAUGAAUGGCCGCUGUAUUCGUGCCCAGUGGAAAUGUGACAAUGACAACGACUGUGGAGAUGGCAGCGAUGAGUUGGAGAGAGUCUGUGCCUUCCACACCUGUGAACCUACAGUGUUCACUUGUGGCAAUGGCCGAUGUGUGCCCUACCACUACCGCUGUGAUCACUAUGAUGACUGUGGAGACAACAGUGACGAGGUGGGCUGUCUUUUUAGACCAUGUGACCCCAACACAGAGUUCACCUGCAACAAUGGGCGCUGCAUUGCAAAGGACUAUGUUUGCAAUGGCAUCAACAACUGCUACGACAACGGCACUUCUGACGAACAAAACUGCCCGGAGAGAACCUGCCAGCCAGAGCACACAAAAUGUCAGUCAACCAACAUCUGCAUCCCACGUUCGUACCUGUGUGACGGAGAUAACGACUGUGGGGAUAUGAGCGACGAGAGCCCUACACACUGUGCGGCAUCCACAUGUUCCCAGAGUGAGUUCCGUUGCUCCAGCGGUCGCUGCAUCCCCGCCCACUGGUACUGUGACGGAGGGGCUGACUGCGCUGACGGCUCUGAUGAACCCCUCUCCUGCACCACACUGGUCAGAACCUGCAACACAGAUCAGUUUCGCUGUGAUGAUGGCAGGUGCAUUGCCUCAUCCUGGAUCUGUGAUGGGGACAAUGACUGUGGUGACAUGAGUGACGAAGACCAGAGGCAUAAUUGUGGCAAUCGCACAUGCUCAAGUGCAGAGUUCACCUGUGUGAACAACCAACCACCUCAGCGGAAAUGUAUCCCACGUGACUGGGUGUGUGAUGGAGAUGCAGACUGUGCAGAUGCAUUAGAUGAACAUCAGAACUGCUCGCGUAGAUCUUGUGGCGUCAAUGAGUUCACCUGCAGCAAUGGCCUGUGUAUACGCAGCGCCUACAGGUGUGAUCGACGUAAUGACUGCGGCGACAGCAGUGAUGAGCAGGGCUGCACCUACCAGCCGUGCCAGCAACACCAGUACACCUGCCAGAACGGCCGCUGCGUGUCCCACGACUUCGUCUGCGAUGGCGAUAAUGACUGCGGGGAUGAGUCUGAUGAGCUGGAGCACAUGUGCCACACGCCAGCACCCACCUGCCCCCCCGGAGAGUUCAGAUGUGACAAUGGACAUUGCAUCCCCUUGAGCCAGGUGUGCGACAGGAACGAUGACUGCUCUGACAACAGCGAUGAGAAGGGAUGUGGUGUCAAUGAAUGCACAGACCCCUCCAUCCAUCACUGUGAUCACAAUUGCACCGACACACCCACCAGCUUCAUCUGCACCUGUCGCCCCGGCUACCGCCUCAUGUCUGACAGCAAAACGUGCGACGAUAUCAAUGAGUGUGCGGAGACGCCGAGCGUGUGCAGCCAGGUCUGUGAGAACACCGUUGGCUCCUACGUGUGUAAGUGUGCCCCAGGAUUCCUCCGAGAGCCGGACGGCCACAGCUGCCGUCAGAACAGCAACAUCUCGCCCUACCUCAUCUUCAGCAACCGCUAUUACCUUAGGAACCUGUCAACAGACGGACAGGCCUACUCUCUGAUCCUGCAGGGCCUGACCAGUGUGGUGGCCCUGGACUUUGAUCGAGUCGACAAGCGUCUGUAUUGGAUUGACGUGAGCCGCAGAGUGAUCGAGAGGAUGUCCUUCAAUGGCAGUAACAGAGAGGUGGUGGUCAAUGGAGUUCUGCAUGGGGAGGGCCUCGCAGUUGACUGGAUAGCCAGGAAACUCUACUGGACGGACAGCUUCUUGGAUUGUCUCAAAGUGUCUGAACUAGACGGUCGGUUCGUGAAGAAGCUGGCUGAACAUUGCGUUGAUGCCAAUAACACCUACUGCUUUGAAAACCCCAGAGCCAUUGUGUUGCAUCCCAAAUAUGGAUUUCUAUACUGGACAGACUGGGGAGACAAAGCCUUCAUAGGCCGUGUCGGGAUGGAUGGAACCAACAAAGCAGCGAUCAUCACCACUAAGUUAGAGUGGCCCAAUGGGAUCACAAUUGACUACACUAAUGACAAGCUCUACUGGUCCGACGCUCAUCUCAGUUACAUCGAAUACUCAGACUUGGAUGGUCAACACAGACACACAGUGUAUGAUGGAAAUCUGCCUCACCCGUUUGCCCUGACUGUGUUCGAGGACUUUGUAUACUGGACUGACUGGAACACGCGCUCAGUGGAGAAAGGCAACAAAUACGACGGCUCUGGUCGUGAGGCCCUGGUUAACACCACUCACAGACCGUUUGACAUCCACGUGUGUCAUCCUUACAGACAGCCCAUUGUAAUCAACCCCUGUGCUGUGAACAAUGGAGGCUGCUCUCAUCUGUGCCUGAUCCGUCAUGGGGGGCGAGAACACACCUGUGAGUGUCCUGACCACUUCCUGACUGUCCAAAUAGGAGGUGUGACCCGGUGCCUUCCCAUGUGCACCAGCACCCAGUACAGAUGUGCGAACAAUGAACGAUGUAUUCCUAUCUGGUGGAAAUGUGACGGUCAGAGGGACUGCAGAGACGGUUCAGACGAGCCUUCCACCUGCCCGGCUCGCCACUGCAGGCUCGGCCAGUUUCAGUGCAAUGAUGGAAACUGCACCAGUCCACAUUUCCUGUGCAACAGCAACCAGGACUGCCACGAUGGCUCAGAUGAAGAUCCUGUGCUGUGUGCCACACACCAAUGUGAAACCCACCAGUGGCAGUGUACAAAUAAACGGUGUAUCCCUGAGUCAUGGCAGUGCGAUGGCGAGGACGACUGUGGUGAUCAGUCUGACGAGGACCCUGCCCACUGCUCCACUAGGACCUGUCGCCCCGGACAGUUCAAGUGCCGCAACGGACGCUGCAUCCCGCAGAACUGGAAAUGUGAUGUUGAUGAUGACUGUGGUGACAACUCCGAUGAACCGUUAGAGGAGUGCAUGGGACCGGCACAUCGAUGUGACAACCACACAGAGUUUGACUGCAGGACCAACUACCGCUGUGUGCCACUGUGGUCUGUUUGCAAUGGCCACAAUGACUGCAGAGACAACAGCGACGAGCAGGGCUGUGAUGAACUGACCUGUGAUCCUAACGGAGACUUCCGCUGUGACAACCACCGCUGCAUCCCGCUGAGAUGGAGAUGUGACGGGGACGACGACUGCGGGGACAACUCUGAUGAACGCAGCUGCACUCCACGCACAUGCACAGAGAGCGAGUAUCGCUGUGAAAAUCUGCGCUGCAUUCCCGACCGUUGGGUCUGUGACCAUGACAACGACUGCGAGGACAACUCGGAUGAAAGGGACUGUGAGUUGCGGACUUGUCAUCCCAGUUACUUCCAGUGUGGCAGUGGACACUGCAUUGCUGAACGCUUCAAAUGCGAUGGCAAUGCCGACUGCCUGGAUUAUACAGAUGAGACCUCUUGUCCGCCCCGCUUUCCCAACGGCACGUACUGCCCACCCUUCCUUUUUGAGUGCAAGAACCACGUGUGCGUCCAGCCUCAUUGGAAAUGUGAUGGAGACAAUGACUGUGGAGAUAAUUCAGACGAGGAGCUUCACCUCUGCUUGGAAAUCCAGUGUGAGACUCCGUUCCGUUUCCGCUGUGACAACAACCGCUGCAUCUACAGCCACGAGCUGUGUAACUCUGUUGAUGACUGUGGUGACGGCUCUGAUGAGAGACAGGAAAACUGCCAAAGUCCCACUCAUGGACCCUGUACAGAUGAUGAAUACAAAUGCAGUAAUGGACAAUGCAUCCCUCUGCAGUAUGCCUGUGAUGAUUAUGACGACUGUGGAGACCAGUCGGAUGAGCUUGGUUGCCACCAUGGCAGUGGGCACACAUGCAGUGACAACAUCUGUGAACACAACUGUACCGACCUGACGCAGGGAGGCAUCCUCUGUUCGUGCAGGCCUGGCUACAAGCCCAGAACCACAGAGAAACACACCUGUGAAGAUGUGAAUGAGUGUGAGGUGUACGGCACAUGUCCUCAGGAGUGUAAGAACACAAAGGGCAGCUAUGAGUGUUUUUGUGCUGAAGGCUUUCACUCUUUUGGUGAGCCACAUGGGACAGAGUGUGCUGCUCAGGGAAACCCACCAGUGCUGCUGUUGCCGGACAACGUUCGCAUCCGUCGUUUCAACCUGUCCUCUGAGCAGUAUUCAGACUAUGUGGACAACGCUGAGCACAUCCAAGCCUUGGACUACCUGUGGGAUCCAGAGGGAGACGGACUCAGUGUUGUGUACUGGACAGUUCUGGGUCGGGGAUCUCAGUUCGGCUCCAUCAAACGUGCAUACAUGACCACAUUUAAUGACCAUGGCAACAACCCAGUGAAAGAGGUGGAUCUGAACCUGAGAUACAUUGCUAAACCUGAUGGCAUCGCUGUGGACUGGGUUGGCGGGCACAUUUACUGGACAGAUUCAGGCACCAAUCGAAUUGAAGUGGCCAAACUAGAUGGGCGGUACAGGAAGUGGUUGAUCCACACAGACCUGGACCAGCCUGCAGCUAUUGUUGUCAAUCCAUCACUCGGAAUGAUGUACUGGACCGACUGGGGCAGGAAACCCAGAAUAGAAUCAGCGUGGAUGGACGGUCAGCACAGAGAGGUGCUGGUGAGGGAGGAGGACCUGGGCUGGCCCACUGGGCUGGCUCUGGACUAUCUGAAUGGAAAUAGGAUCUACUGGUGUGACUCCAAAGAAAACAUCAUUGAGUCCAUGAAGCCUGACGGCACAGACAGGAAUAUCGUCAUAUCAGGAGACAUUGGCCAUCCCUACAGCCUGGAUGUGUUUGAGGGGCACGUAUACUGGACAACUAAAGACAAAGGUGAAGUGUGGAAGACGAACAAGUUUGGGAGAGGACAUAAAGUCAAAGUUCUAACCAUAAACCCAUGGCUGACUCAAGUCCGCAUUUACCAGGAGCAACGACACAACAAGUCAGUACCCAACCCUUGUAAGAAUGUGUGCAGUCACCUCUGUCUCCUGCGGCCUGGUGGAUACACCUGUGCCUGCCCUCAAGGGUCCACUCCAGUGCAGUUUGACUCCAAUGAAUGUGAUGCAGCCAUUGAGGCACCCGUUGCAAUGCCCCUUGCAUGUAGAUGCAUGAAUGGUGGAACCUGCUACACUGAUGAAGCCGGUCUGCCCAAGUGCAAAUGUCCGUACGGUUAUGUGGGCAGCUAUUGUGAGAUGGGGAAGUCAAGGGGUGCUCCAGCAGGAACAGCUGUGGCUGUUCUACUGGCAGUCAUUAUCAUCCUGAUCACUGGAGCUUUGGCUGUCGGGGUUUUCCUCAACUACAAACGAACAGGAUCUUUCAUCCCAUCCAUGCCCAAACUACCCAGCCUCAGCAGCCUGGUGAAGUCCGCUGACACAGGGAAUGGGGUGACGUUUCGCUCCGGUGAUAAUGUUGACCUUGGACCGUCACACAUUGGCGUGUCAUUCAUUGACACAGCCAUGCAGAUGGAUGAUAAUUUUGCAAUGGACGCUGGGAGGCAGCCAAUCACAUUUGAGAACCCGUUAUAUGCCACAGCGCCUGGAGUGUCCGGUGAUCCUGCUGUCAUUCAUGCCACACAGGUGACUGUUAAUGUGAGUGGUGAUCAGUUGGAGAACAAGUUUGUGAACCCGGCGUACCGUGGAGAUCAGAGUGCAGGCAUUGUGAACACAACUUCUGUCAGCGCCAAACCUGUGCAGGAGUCAAAGUGGAGCUUAUUCAAGCGAAAAUUAAAGCCAAGCACCACAUUUGACAACCCUUCGUAUUCAGAGAUGAAGGAUGAAAAGCCUGUGGGAAGCAGCGGGGACUCUUCUGCCCCUGAGCCCUCUCCGUUUGUCCCCCCCGCCAAACCUCCGAAGAGGGAUCGUCCGAGCACCUUUUCGCCAACCGAGGACAGUUUCAAAGACACAGCCAACCUCGUAAAAGAGGACAGCGACGUAUAACCCCUCUCUCGCAGAUGGGAAUCGAAAUAAAAAGAAACACACUUUGCACAGAAUUUAUUUUUUUAUGCAGCCUGUGAACAAAAACUCAAAUUGUUUUAGGAGAGAGAAAUACAUUUCUAUAGAAUGAAGAAAAACGUCUUUUGUGACUAUGCCUUCUGACAUUUCUUAUGCCAAUUCUUGUGUUAAUGUUUUCUUUAUUCUGAUGUACAAUAUGUAUAUCUUUUGCACUGAAGCUGCUGAUAGAAGUGUUUAUAAAUAAGUUGUAUAUUUGUAAAUUUGAACAGUAAGAUUUUGUCAGAAAAUAUCUUUGAAAUAGAUCCUAUGAAUAGUUCAAUACAAACACAAUAACAUAAAAAGUGAGCUGCAUUCUGAAUGUACAGUACUUAUAUGAUCGAAGGUUAUUAAAAAAUGUGUUGAGUAAUUUUUUUAUUUUUUUUUUUUUUGCCACUGAACAAAACUGAAGAUGUAUUUACUUCAUCUUUCAUGUUUAUAUACCUCAUUUCAGGGCUGGAAGCUGAACAAAACUAUCACAGAAAAUUGGACCUUAACUUAUACCAUUCAAUUCUUCAAAGAUUCUCCAGUAUGCAUGAGCUAAAAUAUGUAUGCAAAGCAUACUCACUGUACUCAAUCAAACUCAUUAUGUUCCCUGACUUUAUGACUCUGAAUCAACAUGAUCAUUUUUUUUGUAAUGAUAUUGGAACAAUGGCCAAAAUUGUUUGGAGCAAUACUUGAAUGUUUGUUUUGCAUGGAAAUGAAUUUAUGUAGCUGAUUAUCUUAAAGAGCAACACAGGGCCUGAGGAUGCAGAUGUCGUUUUAUAAACACGGUGAAUAAAUUCUUAACUUUACAGAAUGAUUUAUUUUGUAUCAUAAUGAGGACAAAUAAAAAUUGUAUCUGUGAUCAUCCACAUGUCCAUAUCGUUUAAAUUGCUGCUGCUGAGAUGUGAAUGAAUAAAUUUCCUAUUU